AUGGCAACGCCUCUCGAGCGACGAGACAGCGUCGCGUCAGGCCCCGACGUGGCCAGCGACAGGGACGCGAGCGCCGACGACCGGUCGACGACGAGCGCAGAGCCGCCGCUCGAGGCCGCGACGGACGCCCAAGUCGCGCGGCAAGAGGCGCUGCGCACGCUGCGCUUGGCCUUUGUCGGCAACGUGGACAGCGGCAAGUCGAGUCUGAUCGGGACGCUGAUCAAAGGCGACCUGGACGACGGCCGCGGGCUGUCGCGGCAGGCCGUGUUCCGCCACAAGCACGAGGUCGAGUCGGGCCGCACGAGUAGCGUCGCGACGGCGUACUUGGGCUUUAACGACGCGGGGGAACAGAUACUGUCCAAGAGGGCCGGGAAGCUGCUGCCGUGGGCAGAGCUGGCGAAGGUCGCGCACAAGCGGAUCCAGUUGAUCGACUUGGCGGGCCACGAGAAGUACCUCAAGACGACUGUGUUUGGACUCACGGGGAUGCAGCCCGACGUUGUGGUCGUCGUCGUGGGCGCGAACAUGGGCGUCAAGCGGAUGACGCAGGAGCACUUGGCCAUUGCCGUCGCACUCGAGAUUCCGAUUGUUGUGGCGCUGACGAAGAUUGACAUUGCCCCGAAGAACGUGGCCAAGCAGACGCUCACGACGGUCCGUCAGACGCUUCGACGCUACGGAAAGAUGGCUAUGCUAGUGAAAACAACGGAGCAGGCGGUGACGGCAGCCAAAGGUAUCCCGUCGAACCGCAUUACGCCGAUCUUGCCCAUUUCGAAUGUCACGGGAGACGGUUUGGACAAUUUGCGCCGGAUACUAUACGAGACGUCGCCGCUGGCACUGUUUAAAGCUGGGCUGUCUGCGUCGACGCUCGCUACGACCAAGUCGAUGAACCAAGAGGAAAGCAUUGCAGUUGAAACGCCGGUAGGUACGGGGGAGUCGAAGAAGAAGAUAGCAGCCACAAGUGACGUGGUCGAAAUGCCGAUCGACGAGACGUACCAAGUACCUGGCGUCGGGCUCAUUUUGGCAGGGACACUGGUGACUGGAAGCUUCAAGAUCAACGACGUGUUGCAGAUCGGACCCGAUUACAACGGCAGCUUCCACAAAGUUACCGUGCGAAGCAUGGAAUCGAUGUACAUGCCGCUGAAAGAGCUCGUUCCGGGACAAACGGCGGCUGUCGCUGUGCGGUCGGUGAACAAGAAGUUCGUGCUUACUCGGUCAACUUUUCGCAAGGGAAUGAUCUUGCUGAGCCCUGAGAUCAAGGUGAGCGACUACGUGUCGCGCGUGUUUGAAGCUCGUGUGGUGAUCCUCCACCACCAAACUACCGUCACUGUCGGCUACCAGCCCAUGGUCAACUGCCGUACCGUACGACAGACCGCGGAGAUCAUAUCGUUUGAAUCAGACCAGGACGUCAUUCGCACGGGAGACCGAGCCCUCGUGCGUUUCCGGUUCAUGCACGCGCCAGAGUUUCUGAAGAAGGGCAUGCGCUUUGUGUUCCGCGACGGGCAAGCAAAAGGGAUUGGUAAAGUCGUUCGGGUAAUACCCGCGGAGCAAUGCGAGCCGACGCUGUAA